GCUCCGGCGCCGCCGCGCCGCCGGUCACGCGGCUGCAGGGCGCCAAGGAGCAGGUGGCCGCGGUCGGGUGGUCCCACGACUGCGGGACGCUGGUCACCGCUGACAAGGCGGGCUGCGUGGCCUUCUGGCAGCUCACCGGGGGCGGCGGCGGCGGGGGCGGCUCUUGA